GAAGCCUGCAGAGAGGGCAAAAGAAAGAACAAGAAUUUUCAAAAAUUUACCUUGACUUCAGCACUCAGAACAGGAUUUUAUUAGGUAUCUAUAAAUGGAUUUUAAGUAGGAUUUUCCCAUGUUUUCUCCCAAAGCUGAUUUAAAAUCUAAUAUUAUUAGAUUGGUCACAGCCUUCAUAUUUUAACUGUCAAACCCAAAGCCUGAAAGGUGAUUCAUUCAAAGCCUGCUAAAAUAUUUGCUCAGCAGCACAAUAGUGUGUGAUGGAAAAUAAACUCCUCUAGAGCAUCUCACCCUAUCAGCCAUGGCCUGCAGCAGGAAAAGAAUGAGGGAAGGUCAGUCAAUUAUGUGUGGUAAUCACCGUAAGCAUAUUAUCUGAGACACAGAUGUCUUCCCUGACCCCACACGACAUAGCUAUUAACCCCACAGUAGUAUAAAAAUGGGGAGGAGGAGGAGCCGGUCCCCUAGGUAAACCAGACCUUUUCAGUCAGGGCUUGUCCAGCAAGCUCGGCAGAGUCGUGGUGACGAGGGUGCUGGUGUGGGGAGCCAGCCCCGCGGGCGGCACGGCCACCUCUCCCUUUCGGAGACCUUUCUAUAGACCUAGUCAUGUGAGAUAAAUAGUUGCAUCAUCGGAAAAAUGAGACUGGCAAAUUGAUGCGUGAGAUAUUUCGGGAGUGUAAACAGCCCUGGAAUGCCAGGCACUGCCCAUGUUUUUAUGGAAACAACUUUUGUGUUCCAGAGUACACUUACACAGUUGAUGUAUUAGUGCUGAUAAAGUAUAAUACCACUAUCAUGCAAUCGACUAAUGCUUCUAGAAAACACAGAUGAUUUUCUCAUUACACUGAGUAAUGUGCUGAUUACCACAUACGGCUCCUUUUGAGUUCAAGUUCCUUCUAUAUUUACUUUCUGAAAAAUGAUCAGCUGCUUAUUCAAGUGAAAGGAAUAUUUUUCAUUGUGAUUGUUCAAACACAUCAUGUAAGCAAAGCAGAUUUUUAAACUGACUAUUUAAACUGUUGAAGGUACAUUUAAAAGUUUGCAUGUAAAAUUUAGUUUCCAUGUGGGAAACAUGCAUUAGUAAGUGAUGCAACAUCCCUCGCCAGCUCUAAGCUUUCUAACUGAGCAUCAACCCUGAGAGUAGGUCUGUUUAUUUCUUGUAACCUUUCAAAAAUGUUUUCUUUAGGUGACACUUUUGUUACCUUUUGGGGGGUCAUUUUGGAUUUUUCUACCAAAAAGAUAAGUGACCAUUAAGCAAUGUAACCUAUUGCGAUUGCUGCACAACAUACAGUGCAAAAGAGUCUGUGACCAACCAGAUUUGUGUUUUCUUUCCUUUUUAAAUAAUUUAUUUUAAUGGCAUUACGGUCUUGUGGCAUCCUUGUAGCUGAGAUCAGACUGGGCCCAGUGAAUACCAGAGCAUUAGGGGAACUCUUUGCUCAUGAGAUUUGCCACAGAACAUAGCAGAGGAAUCCCUGAAUUUCAUUUCUGACAAAAGGAAUUAUCACAGUAUCACAGUAUGUUUGGGAUUGGAAGGGACCUCAGAAGAUCAUCUAGUCCAAUCCCCCUGCUGGAGCAGAAACACCCAGAUGAGGUCACACAGGAACAUGUCCAGGUGGGUUUUGAAUGUCUCCAGAGAAGGAGACUCCACAACCUCCCUGGGCAGCCUGUUCCAGUGCUCUGGCACCCUCACUAAGAAGAAGUUUCUUCUCAAAUUUAAGUGGAACCUCUUGUGUUUCAGCUUGAUCCCAUUACCCCUUGUCCUAUCAUUGGUUGCCACCAAGAAGAGCCUGGCUCCAUCCUCAUGGCACUCACCUUUUAUAUACUUAUAGACAUUAAUAAGGUCCUCCCUUAGUCUCUUCUUCUCCAAACCAAAGAGACCCAGCUCCCUCAGCCUUUCUUCAUGAGGGAGGUGCUCCACUCCCUUAAUCAUCUUUGUUGCCCUACGCUGGACUCUCUUCAGCAGUUCCCUGUCCUUCUUGAACUGAGGGGCCCAGAACUGGACACAAUAUUCCAGAUGGGGUCUCACGAGGGCGGAGUAGAGGGGAAGGAGAACCUCUCUCGAUCUACUAACCACCCCCCUUCUAAUACACCCCAGGAUGUCAUUGGCCUUCUUGGCCACAAGGGCACAGUGCUGGCUCAUGGUCAUCCUGCUGUCCACCAGGACCCCCAGGUCUCUUUCCCCUACACUGCUUUCUAAUAGGUCAUUCCCCAGCCUAUAUUGGAACCUGGGGUUGUUCCUGCCCAGAUGCAGGACUCUACACUUUCCCUUGUUAAAUUUCAUCAGGUUAUUCCCCAACCAACUCUCCAGCCUGUCCAGAUCCCGCUGGAUGGCAGCACAGCCUUCUGGCAUGUCAGCCCCUGCCCACCGCCACCAUGAAGAUCUGGACCUCAGAGCACGUUUUCGACCACCCCUGGGAAACAGUGACGACAGCUGCUAUGCAGAAAUACCCAAACCCCAUGAACCCCAACGUGGUGGGAGUCGAUGUCCUGGCCAGACACGUGGAUCCCGGUGGGAAGCUGCACAGCCACAGGCUGCUCAGCACCAAGUGGGGAAUACCCUCCAUCGUCAAAUCCAUCAUCGGCAUGCGCAGAACAAAGAUGUAUGUUCAGGAGCACUCUGUUGUUGACCCAGUGGAAAAAACGACGGAGCUUAGAUCCAGUAAUAUUUCAUUUACAAAUCUAGUGUUAGUGGAUGAGAGGCUUGUCUAUAAACCACACCCUCACAAACCAGACAAAACCAUUUUGACACAAGAAGCAGUAAUAUCUGUAAAAGGUGUCAGUCUCAGCAGUUACCUAGAAGGGCUAAUGGCAAACACAAUUUCUUCCAAUGCUAAUUAAGGCCGUGAAGCAUUGGAAUGGGUAAUUAAUAGACUGAAUGCUGAAAUUGAAGAGUUCACAGCUUCAGCAAGAGGAACCAUGAGGAAUUCAAUGGCAGCAGCAGCAUUUGUAGAGAAAUUAUAGUAAAUAAACCUGUGCUACUAAUGAGGUUUAACAACCUGAAGCUUCACUCCAAACCUAAAUACGUGUGUCCUUUGUUAUUUAAAGGCAUACCUGUAUAUUGGGCAUGUUUCAAAUUUAAUUUGGAAAAAAGCUGAAUUCUUACUAAUGAGGCUGAUGCACACAGCCUAGUUAAUCUAUUGGUUCAGCCAGACAGAAUUUUGAUUACAGGUGAAGAAUCAUCAAAUAUAGUUUCUGUAUUUACAUGAACACUAACUUAUGGUUUUGGAUAUGAAAUAGCCUCAUUUAGUGAAGAGGCUGCAUAUGGUGGAGGAGACUGUCAUGUUAGGUUAACUUGUAUGGAAUUUUUAUUCUUGUGUGACUUCCGGACUACCUCUUUUGGGACCAAGCCCAAAAUUAAACAAAAUGGUUUGUUCCACCAUUGGUUUUGUUUAAUUCUUGAUAGUUAUGUGAUACAGCUUGGUUUAAUAGAAAGUUUCUUACUUGAUGCUUGAAAUACAAAAGAAUGUGCAAAGUAAUUUUUUAUAAGCUUUUUAAAUUGUUUAACUGGCUGAGCUAACAUGGUACUUAAAUUGUUUUUCAGUCAAUAUAGGUAAAACAUACAGAGUGUCUCUUAUCUACUAAGACCUAAAUUCUGUUCCUAAAUGCAACUUUAAUGAACUGGGCGUACAGUAACUUAAAAUAAUUUUUUAUCUUAAGCUUCUUAAUUUAAAAAAAAAAUAUAUAUAUAUAUAUUCUCUUUGAUACUGUCUCCUUUCCCAUGGAUAAUCACUAUGUGAGUGAACAUUUGCAUGCAUUGCUGAACUACGGGUUGCAGACAAGGAAGGUGGUGGGUUGAGCACUAGAAUAAGCCUAAACAGCAGACUCCCAGGAAAGGAAAAUCUAUUAGAGAUACGGGAUUUAUUCGUGGUGUAGAGAGAGCAUCAGUUGCCUCUGCCACCGACCUAAAGGGAUGACCUGGAAGUGCAUGAAAAGAUUGAUGGAGAUGACUCACGGGGAUAGCUGGGCUGCAGGGAGGUGUGGCCGAUUCCCAUCACAGCCACUGCUGACCAAAUUCAGCUGGAGUCCAAAGAAGAGAUUUGGGCUAUCUUCCCCAUGAGUAAAUCCUCUGUAGGGGUCUCAGCUAUGUGGAAGGACACCACUUGCACUUGGUCCUAUUAUUGUGGUCAGUCUUGAAUUUUUGUCGUUUUAUAUUCCCUUAUUAAACUUCCAUCCUUUCGUCGUUUUAGCCCUAUGUCUAAAUGUUGCUAAGUAACCUUCUGUGUCAAAUACUUUUUCUGCCAGGAGAGAAUCUUGCAUCAGUCACCUAUUGUGACUGCCAGAUUAGAUGCCAUAAUGUGCUCGACAUGGGACUGCGCUUUACUUCUAUCUGGAAACUGCAGCUGAUACAAGAUUUGGCAGGCUACUUGUUAAGCAGCGUCUUUUCCUUGAGCAUACUAAAUCAGCCCUGAACAACUUGCACAGUUUGUUUACUGGUCCCUGGGCUGAUAUUUUAAAUGCUAGAGAUGUAAGGGUUUGUUUUAUUUUACCUUUUAGCUCUAAAGCCUACCUGUUUGAGUGAGCAACUCUGCUGAAAAACAGAUUGCUCUGUUUGCAAACAGUGAAACCUGUAAGUUGAGACCUUACCUCUGAAAGGGAAUAAGCAGUGCAUACCUGGAGAUUUAGAAAGCUGUGGUCUCUACGAGGUUCUUUUAUCAUGUUUUCUGUGGGGCCAAAUAAAAGCCAAAUUCUGAAGAUCACUUGCGUAAGUAGAAAUUGAGAGUAAUGCUAUUUAAAGAAUAUGUAAUUAGGCUAGAGUGAAUGAGAAUGGGAGUUGGUCCCAAUUGAUUAUAUAUUUCAGGUCAGUUGAAAUAAUGGAAUAGCCUUUUCUGUCUCAGCUUAAUGCAGUGGUUCUGAAGAGUUCAUCACCUGCUCUUGGUUCGCUUUCCUAUUUCCAGCUGAUAAAUCAUCUUUAAUGUUUCCUAAUAUUACUUUUCCACAUAAGCACUUGUUAUAGUUCUAUGUGAAAACAAGGAGGGUGUAAAGGGGCGGGGGGGGGCAGCAGAGAGGGCAGGCAAUAAUUUCACUGACGCAGAAAUUACUCUAAAAAUGCAUUAAUGUGUCUUAAGUAUAACUGACAUACUUUGAAAUAUAUAUUGCCUAUGGGCAAUAUUAGAUUUUGCUGACAAAAACUAGAGGUAGGCAGAACUCCCAUAGCAUCAUUCCUGGAUACAUAUUAGAUAGUAGUGAUGGUUUCAACUGAUAUAUUUGUAAAACAUAUUCAAAUUCUACAUGUAGAAAUCGCACAUCUUAUUCAGUCAUGUUUUGUCAGUUAACCUUUUCUUAUGUGAUGGUUUGUUUUUCUAGAGGAAAUAUUUUCUAAAACUCAUAGUGAUUUUAAUACACAAUUUACCAUGUCGAUAAUUGUCACUUAUCACAUGCUCUUCAGUUUCUCUUUGUUGAUUUUCUGUUAACCUUAUAUGUCACAGUAAAAGCAAAGCAUUUUUCAUAAGGCUGUGGGAAGUCAGAAUUUAAAUUCAUUUUUCUUAGUUAAAUUUUGUCCUAAUUAUAAAUAAUCAUGGCCAGUAAAAUAAUUAAAAGAAAAAGAAAGAGAAAAAAAAAAAGAAUUUAAAAAAAAAAGAGGAAAAGGAAAAAAAGGAAAAGGAAAAGGAAAAGGAAAAGGAAAAAGUGAAAAAGAAGCUAACUUGCACUAUGGUUUUAUCAUUGGCCUAAAUCCUCUCCUGAAUAAUGAAAACAAUCUGAGAAUUGUUCAGUUUUAUUCAUCCAAGUUAAAAUAUAGCUGUUUUACAUGCCAAGGAGCCCCAAAGUACCAAUUUCUCCAUCGUAUAGAAGGAAAAUAUAUCCCUAUAUACUUGGUUGCAGGGAGACCAAUCAUUUGCACAUGAUGACUCAAGCAUGAGAAACUGCACAUAUGAGUUGCAUUCAGUACACAUCUGAGCACUUCAUCUGCACACUGCAGACCAUUCCAGCUGCCGCACUGCUGGUAGCACUGGAAAGCUUCAUAUAACUGCAGCUGAAAAACACAGCAUCAAAUGUGGUAUCCUGCCACUCUCACCAUUGCACUAUUUUGAAAGUCCAUACAGAGACACGUCAGGUCUGGCUUGCUGACAGAUAAGCUGCAUCUUCACCUGCCUUUUUUUUAAAUGUGGUUUGGGCUUCCAAAUGAUUUAGUUGCUUUUAAAGUCUGAUGUAGCUCUACAUGUCAAGAGAUGAAAAUAGAUAUUUUCCAUAAAUGCUACAGUGUGAUGAUGAAAAGGUUUUAGACAGAUUACAGUGGUGUUUGCAAGAAGUUUCCAAACACCAAAGAGGAGAUCACUUUCAUAUGUUGGGGUUUUUUUGUAUUGGAUCCUGCAGGAGAUAGAAAGCAUUUUAUAGAUGACAUGUCCCAAACCAAGCCGAAGUUGUAUUGGUUAUACCUACAGUGUAUCCAUGAAUUUUGUUUCUGCGAAUUGGUGUUUACAAUUUUGCAAAAGGACUGAGAACGUUUGGGAAAUCCAUGAAUAAUUACUAAACACAGAGGUCUGUAUUUAGACAAGGUUAAAUAUAGGUAUAAAUUCAGAAAUACGUCUUUGUAUCAAUCCAAAUUUUCUCUGUAUUAAACAUUUCUGCCUACAUCUGUCAAAUUAUUUGAGUCAAAAUAUAUUUUCAGUAAGCCUCUAAGUUAAAGGGUAAAAGGGUUAAGUUGCUGUCAUAACAGCUCUGUGCUGCACCUUCCAUUUUUAUGAGAACAUCUCAACUGUGUUCUUGUCUGUGACCAUCCAUUUUAGGAAGAAAAGUAUAAGAUUUUGAUUGUGAGUCAGACUCAAAGUACACAUUUUUUUUCUGUGAAAGCAUUGUUCCACUAUUAGCCAAAAGAGCAUUUCAAAUGAAGUGGAUACAAAACGUCCUCCACCUUAAAGGAAAAAAAAAAACAACAACAGUUUUUUUAUGUGGUUCAUUUGGGGUUUAAGAAACAUACUGACAAAAGAAAUUGUAUUGUUUUGCCUGAUAAGAAGUAGGGACUGGAGUACCUCCAGUUAAUAACAGACCUCUGAGAUUUUAGGUCAUUUUCUUCUUUGCCCACUAGAAGUUAGGCAGAAACAGUGAACUGGGAAACUUCAAGUUCUAACACAAAAUGAGAUAAGAAAAACAAAACACUCACUUCCAGGACUGUUGAGUGCCCAGUGAAGGCAGAGGCUGUUUACUGCUUUUGGAGAGAUCUUCAGUAAUAGCUACAGAGAACAUGAAGGAAAAGUCUGGAAGAGAAAGCGUAGAACAAGGAAUCGUAGUUUUCCUUCACUGUUUCCCAUCUGAUGCCGUCCAAGAAACUGUGAAUUGGAUGCCAGUCCUGCAAGCUCGUGAGUGAAGCUGUACAGAGACUGUCCUUGGACCUUGAUUUGGGGUCUUAAGUGUCAAGGUAGUGAGCAUUUUGUGGAAGAUCCUCAAUAGUUUUUAGAGACCUCUGUUGUACUUAAAAUCUUGCAGAAUACUGCUCCCAGAGGUCUGGGUGACUAAAUCCUCUUUGUGACAAAUAUUGCUUGUUGCUGUCAUCUACCCCUGAUUAAAACCCUUGCGUCAUGUUGUUUUGCACUAGUGUUGCGCACAUGCUGGGCUUAAUAUACCAUAGGGUACAAGUGCCAACAUUGUGUUCUUGCGGGCUAGUGUAUCAGCCACCUAGUCCCAUCAUGGAUUCUCACCUCAUCCUGCUCAGUCACUGCAUUCUUUUGCUGUUACUAUAACCUCCCUGCUACCUUCUUCUCUUAAUCUUGCUCCAUGCCCCCAGCUGCAUCAGCUCUUCUUCUCCAUCAGGCGGUCAGACUCAGCCUUCAGUCUUCCCGUGUUUCUCUUCCAACUACCUUGCACACAUUGAAGAUACAACUUAGAAGAGUGUCACUGACACUCACAGCUCCCAUGCACAUCCUUUUCUGGUAUUUGUCUUGCAUAUCCAGUCACCUCCCCAGGUGCAACUUGUAUAGCUGCUCCCUCCCCUAUGGAUGCCUUUCCUUCUCUAUCUCUUUGACCUGACUCAACUGCAAAGACAUGCAGCAAAACAGCUAGUUGGCUUUUUUCUCCUCUGCCUUUAGCAAACCCUGGAUCAGCUCUCCUAAUCCCUGCAAAGGUUACAUCCUUUACCCUUUUCCCACAAAGCACUACUCCUUUCUGACCUCUUAUUUUCUACAUUCCCCUCUGUGACAAGCACCUCUUCUUGUUAACAGCUUUAGGCAAAAAAUAGUCCUUUUACCUUGAGGAAAAAAAUAAUCAAACUGAACCUGGAGAAAAAACUGCAGACAUUUUUGUUUGAAAUAUUUUUAUGCUAGCAAAUCACAAAUUUAUGUUUAUAUUCCAGAUUCCAGAUAUAUUUUCUUCAAUCAUUGCCACAUUUCAGUUUAUCUGCCUAUCAUCCCUUUUGAAGACGUUUUAUCUUCAGCUUUGACUUAGCAUGGCCAGAACUGGGCUCUUCUUUUCUGUUCUCUGACUCUGACUCCUGGUUUUGGUUACAACGACCAACAUUGUCAUCAUCCCUGUGAUCUUAGACAAAUUAACCUGUCAUUUUUUCCCUCCAAGACAGGGGCCAAACUCAUCUUUCUUUUUGUACUAAAACAAGGAAAUAUGGUCUUUCUUGCCCUUAAACUUACAUCAUCUCUCCUUGAUACAGACAGAAAAACAGCCCUAAUCAUGCCCAUUAGUCUAAGCAGUCAGUCCUGCUCGUUCCUCCUCUCUUAUGCCUUUCCAUUGCUCUCAGCUUCAGGUCUACCAAGCAGCUGCCUUGCCUCCUAGCUGUCACCAGCCUGCACCCCGUUCCUGGUUAUUAGCCUGUAUGGGCAUCACUAUUUGUUUUUAACACAAAUAACACCUGGUGGGCCUAUUUAUAAGGCUCUCUAAUUCUUCAGCCCUUUCUUCAAAAGCCAUAUGUACUGCAGCAAUGACCUCUGGAAACACCUUGGGGUUGUAGUUGGCACAUAAGGUUUUCAUACUCUCGGGACAAGGGCAGCAAGAGAUGCAGAUGCCUAGAAUGAGAGCAGACACACAUCUUUUUGUUUUUAUAAUUUUUGUUUUUCAACUUCUGUGUGUUGCCUGAAUAAUUUGACUAUAAGUCCUCUGGGUCAGGGAUGCGCUGCCUUGAGCUGUGUGUAGCACCGCCUCUGUGGGCUCUGAAUCCCAGCCAAAGCCUCUGUGUGGCACUGCAGAAAACCUGCUGGCUCAUACCCUCAUUCUCAGUGCUGUGCAUUCUGGAAAUCCCCUGUGUUUGCAUCUAUACUACUCAUCCUCUUUACCAUACUUAAUGACAUAUCUUUCUCAGGCAAGGACAAGGCUCCUUUAAAUGCAUGAACCUGCAAAAAUCUUAUGUAUAAAAUGUGUAUGACACAUGUGUUCUGUGGAACUUUCGCAGUCAUUAUGUUUAUCUUGAUUUAGUGAUAAAUUUUUCCUCAAGGAAACAGGAGCUCCAGGACAGAGACAGACUCUGGCAGCUGUAAGAAAUUAUUACUUUCCAGUUUGGCUAAUGAUAUAAUCCACUGUGGUUGCAAGUCUUGCUUUCCUCUUUAGAUGAUGUCAACAUUUCCGUGAGCUACAUGUGUUGUAUUCAUAAGUGGUACUUAGAAAUAUGUGUUCUGUAAUCUCCUCCUUAUGCUUGACACUUUACACAUGUGUUUAUCUACAAAGUGUGGUGACAUUAGCUUGCUAAUUUUGCCAGUGUACUGUACCAGCGAGAGCAUGAGAGACUCAGAAGAAUAUUUAAACUGGCAAAGAGGGAAUUAUUGACAUUAGCUAGGAGUACUUUAUGAGACCCUGUUUUGGAAUGUCAUUUGUUCGAAAAUCUUUACUGCUGAAAGUCAUCCAUCAUUCCCAGAUGAACCUGCAAGCCUUGCAGAAACCUCUUUUCCCAAAUCCCACUCAUUGCCAGUGGCCAAAAGUACUCGCCUAUUCACAUUUACAAAUUAAAUAUACAGAUAUUAUUCCUUGAGAAGAAGUAGAGUGUGCAAAUGGUAUGAUAAAGUAUGGUUUUCUUGCCUGCUGAAUGGACUUCAGUGGUGAAAAAAACACUCAUUUGCCACAAUUCCACCUACAUGCCCCUGUGUAUCCAUAGAACUCAGUUUUUCUUUAUUAACUAGACUGUAUGCACAAUAUUCACGUGGUGAAGAUCCUCAGCAAGAGCUCAUACUGCCCAUGUAAGUGGUUUUUUUAAAGACUCAAGCUCUUACCUCUCAAAAUUACAUUCAUAUGGCAUUGUUCAAUAUGUAUGGCUGACUACUAUAGAAAGCAACAACAACGGGUUACAAUGCACUUAAUUUUAUCCCACUUUGACUUUGAAAAUAUAAUCGGUACUUAUAAAAUUGUAAAUACUACAGAAUCAUGCUAGUAGGAUUAUUCUAAAAUGGAAGUGGUAAUACCUCAAGCAAAAUAGCUUUGCUAGUCCUAACGGGCUCUUGUUAUCACCAUUAUCAGAGAAGAUAUACCUCUGGCAACAAAAAUGUGAUGGUGUAUAAAUUAAUAUAUGCAAGACAGCCAAGAUUUAAGGAGGUGGUUUUUUUUAUCUUACAAUGAACUUUUUACUUUUGAGUACCACAGUUAGAGUAAUAAGUGCGAGCUCUUACGUCCAGUGGCCAAGUCUCAUCUGGCUAAUGAAAUGGCAGCCUGAUAAAAUAUACGUAACUACCCAUUUUGGCAGUACACUAUUCCUCUCUGCAUUAGGCAACAAACCACAAUCACUCUCGAUGCAUUAUGUAUUUAUAAUGUUACCUAUAAGUGCCUAUUGUAAACAAGUUGUUAGAUUAACAAGCACAGCAUAUAAAGAAUCAUUAUAAAGUAAUCAUUCAAUCAACCACUCAAUCAGAAUCAUCACAGGGUGUUUUUUUUCCAUAUGAAAGACAAUGCCUGAACCGAGGAAUUUUUUUCCUCAGAUUGUCCUAUAGAAUCUAUUUUUGUAUAUCACUAUUCUGAAUGUUAAAUUGCCGACCGCAAGAAACUGUAACAAGAACGGCAUGGUUGCUUGGACAUGUUUUGGGGGGAGAAAGGACUCCACGGCAGUGUUUGAUUUGGACUGCAUUUAAGAUGACAUAGGCACCCUUGCCUGCUCAUCGAUGACAGUCUGAAUCAUUUCUAUUGUGUCCUGUUUCACCAAGUUUUCAGCAGGUGUGUUUCAGACUGCUGCAGCCUGCUUCUGCUGGCCUGAAAGUUGUGUGCCCUCCAUGUGCUGAAGGUGUUGUGUCAGCACCAUGGCAGAGCAUCCAAAGCCAGAAACUCACCCCGGGAGUGCCAUCAAAUCUAAUUGCACACAGCCAAAGCUUCCUGGACUCUGCAGGGAUUCAUCUCAUCCUCAUCAAGAUGACACUGUGCUGACUUCGGGGCUGUCACGGCAUCAGUUGUAGGAGCAUGGCAGCCACACAAGGAAAACAAAGGAAAAAGGUAAUCUGUAGCCUCUACCUGCCUUCAGGAGGGCACCUUUGCAAAUGAAAGCAAGUGAACACAAACCUCACUUCUCUUUCAUAGCCCAGUAGGCACCAGGUCAGCAAGACAGUGGUGGCCUUGCCCCUCAGUGCCUGCUGAAAUAACACUCUGCUUAAGCCUGAUGCCUUAGCACAGCAGCAACAGAUCUUAACGUCCCUUUCUCUAUUCCCAAAGAACAAAAAGCCUACAUCUAGACAUUGUCCCUUCUAUAAAUGCCUUCUGAAGUGCAAUUUAGCUAGUUUGUAAGUUGUCUGGGAUGACAGAUUCAUUAAGUACAGAUAGAGUUUGUGAAAUGAGCCCUAGUCCUGGCACGAUCUACUUCACAUUCAUGGAAAUUAUAGUAGCAGUGGAAGUGAUAACAGAAGAAAGUAAGAAUUCAUUCAUUAGCAAGAUGGGUAAGAUGAGGCAACUGAAAAGAUUGUAUAGAAAAAUGCACACAGCUUCAGAGCUUUUUAUAUUCUGCCAUGUAAGUUAGAGUAUCAUGAAAGAACGAAAGUUCUUGAUUCAGGAUGUUGAGUUUAAGAUCUUUUGUUACUGAUUGAAAAUGACCUAGCUUUUGUUAUGGAACAAGGUAUAACCGAGAUGUGUUUAGGUGAGAUGGAAGAAUUUGUUUUGGUUUAAUUAACACAACGUAAGAGGACAAUGUGCAUGAGAGGGUUCUGCUGGCAUGGAUGAGUGGUUUAAGUUUUUUGCCUUUCAUCUCAUUUUAAAUGGAGUUGGUUACCAGCUCAAAAAAACAGUCUGCUAGAAGAUGCUGAUUAAGUAGGUAAGUCCUGGAAGAGUACUAGGGUGAGACAGAUCUGCCAGACAGCAUCUGUUUUGACGGUUCACACUCAGUAUUUAAUAGAAUACUGAGUCGUCCAAAACGCCUUGAGGUAAAAUAAAUUGUUGCCAGCAGCUGCUCUCUCGCUGGUUUAGUACAUCUUAAUAGCGAUCUUUUGUCCUCGGCUGCAAGGUGAUUCCUAAACAUGUCUUCCAAGGUUUUGUUCACAAAAUGGCAAUCAGUAAUUUAUACAGUAAGUGUUUACAUUAUUUACAACAAUAGAGAGCACUGGCAAUAGAAUUACCGUGUGAAAACUAACUAGUUAUAUCAUAAAGGCACAAUUUGUUGAAUAGGCAAAUUACAGUGUCUAUGCCCUCUGCAAAAUCCUGAUGAGUGGAUUUAUUUGGGUUGGUGGACAUCUGGUUAAUCCUAGCUGUCUUCACUUGGCUGCUGGUGUGAAUUCCUCACAUUGUGAGGAAAUUUCUUGUUAGCUGUUAGCUAAAACCAAUGAGAUCUGACUGAGCUCUCCGUGCACAUGGAAGGCAGCCAGGGUGUUGUUUGGAGAACACAUGCAAGGGGCUUCCUGAGCACUUCUCAGCUGUUGUCUGCUCCUGGUGCUCUGGGUACAGGCAAAAGCUCUGUGCCAUAGCUGAUAGGGGGGUUCAUGACUUUCUGGGUGGAGACUGCCAAGUCUCUUCACUUUGAUACAAACACUUCAAAUAGCUGUCUGAUACUUGCUUUAUAAGAGAGGUAUUUGGUGCCUAUUCUAGUAGUAAGUCUCUAGUACAAGAAAUAUAUGUCUACUUUGGGGCUGGAAUGUGAAAGAAGAAAUGUUGAAAGUGAGCAGAAUAUCUUGGACACUUUGAUUCCUCAGUAUUCCUGAACUUUAUCUUUCAGGAUGGUGACCUGGAUGUAGCCUAAAUGGGACAUUGUUUCCCUGUAUGUCCAUUGCUGCUCUACUGAUGAAGAUCCACUGGAAUAAGACUAGAUCUCAUAGCUGUUUUCAUUACUGAGGGUCACGAGGUGUUGUUGAGCAGAGGUGUAUGGAAUUGUAUCUUUGUCUCUUCAACAUCUAAAAAAAGGUAAUCUUGGAUAAAUAACUUCCUUUUCUGGAGAUAUUUUAUAUAUGUGGGAUAGCAAAUGUUCUGUGUUUGUUCAAAAUCUAUGUGAGCUCAUAAGAAAAAGAAAAAUUAAGUUAAUAGCUUUCAAUGUGCUAAUCAAUCUUUAUCAUAUGAGUUUACUUCAAGUAUCCAAAGAAUGUGGCUGAGGAUCUCUUCACAGCCUAAAAAGUCCGGAUUAGAGGUGAGUCAUUCUGAUAAAUCUGAAGUAACAACCACAAAUUGGGGGAAGCAAUUGGAAGGGCUGACUGCUGUUAUGUCAUUCCACUUGACUGAGUGCAUUUGUUUGUUUAUCAUUCACAUUUGCAGGAUGCAAGGUGCCCACAGUGUUGAAAAUGUGAAAUAUUUUUCUGUCAUUCAGUAAAAAAUUCCCUAGCAACACUUACUUUUAAAUGUUACUGAUAGCUGAGUUCAGAGUUUAGAAAUUUACUGGUGCAACUAUUUCCUGAACAAUACUAGACAUCUCUGUGCAAAAUAUGGAGUUGAGACUGACAGUCUGAUGGACUCAAGCCUAUUUAUUGUCUUAACUAUCAUAAACACUUGCUAAAUCUGUACUUAUUGUCUUGGCCUACAUUAGUGAAACACUAGUAUCUAUGACAUGCUCCAGGAAAGCAGCAUGCUCUAGGUAUACUCUGGUUGUAUUUAAUAACCAGGAGUCCUUGAACACAAAGUAUGCACAGAAAUCCUAGAAUUUAAAUAAGAAUUUGGGAAUUUUUGUUCUAUUUCACUUAUGACCGUUAAGUAAGUGCUCUCCGAACCAUGCCUAAUAGCCAUUAGCCCAUAAAUGAUUGAAUGUUUAAAACCCAUAAGGAUUUGAAAGCACUCAAUACCUCUUAGAGUGUGUUCAGCCUUUAGCUGAAUCAGAUUACUGAAGUAGGAAAAGACAUGUAUUCUUUAUUUCAUGGUUCUUUGGGAAUGUCAUUUUUCCCAGCAAUCUCAUUGUAGUUGACCAAAUAUGGGGAUGGAGGAAGGUAAUUCAAUAACUUAAAUUAAUUAUUUGGUCUAUUCUGUCCUUUCAAGACACACAUUUCUCUCAUGUGUAAAAAAAAAAGCUGUAUAGCCAACCUAGAUAAAUGUUGAGUCUUUAAGGUUCUUCUGAGCAUGCUCUGCAAAGACCUGACUGUCAGAGGUGCUCAGCACAUGCCAAGAUCACGUCUCACAUUUAUAGUAAAAAGAUGGUACUUAAGAAAUGACAUGCAUGUACAUGAAAAGUAACAAGUCACCUAUUUGCAGUGUAGUUCAUUUGCACAUAAAUAAAUAAAACAACAAAAAACCUGAUGGAGAUUUAUAAUGUUUUUUAAGUAACUAAUUCUAUGCAUAGCAAAAUUUGUUAAUAUGAGCAAUUAUAUCACACUUACUGGGUUUAUAAAUACAUAUAUAUACACGAAGAAAAGUCCUUGUAGAUAUCCUUUGUGUUAUCUUGGAAUUAUUGGCCAGGUAGAAGGUUACAGUAGAACACAAAAUCAUCUUCUUGUCUGAAUUAUUGUCACCAUGGAACAAAUUGGAAAAAAAAUUAUUUUGUGUCAACCAGUCGCACCCCACUGCACACAUGGAUGUCUCCUGAAGCCAUCAAGAUAGUAUCUGAGCAUGUAAUCAUAGCUGGAACAGUAAGGAAUCCUCUUUUUCUGCAACAACCAAACAGCACCUUGAGCCCACAAAGACACGACUAACAUUGUCACUCUCAGCCAAAGUUAGAAAGAAGAUUUGUGCCUUAUGGCCUUUGAGAUAUCUUUUCUUUCUUUUUUUUUUUUUUUUUUAAUGUACAAGCAGGAAAUUUUGCAGAGAACCUUAACAUUCUAAAUAACUUGUGUGGCUAAAGUUAAAACCGCCAGCUUUGCAAGUCACUUGAAAUUCCAAGACAGAAUCAAAGUAAGCUUAAAUUAUGUUUAAGUAUUUCUAGAUUUAUACAACUGUUCAUCCUCUGUUUUUUGCUUUUUAUUUUUUUCCCAAAUAUUCUUCCUGUGCUGAGGAUUAUGAAUUUAAUCAUGCUUAAUAUAUUUAUCAUGCUAAAAAAAUAUAAUUACUUCAACCAAAUUAUCUGACCAUAUAUAUUUUGUUCGGAAUUCCCUGUAUUGUAUAAUUGUCAUAUAUAAAUACUACCUUGUGUUUCUAACUGUAAAGCUCUGUUUCAAGGAAAUCCAAGAGCUUUCUUUUAAAGCACCAAAAAAUCUGCAAUGGGUGCUCAGCUCCACACAGAAGUGCACAGUUGCCGACAGCAUCCUUGGUUCAAGGUGAAGUAAAAUCAAAAAGCAAGAGCUCCCAAAGACUUCACUAAGCUUCAAAUCUAAACCUGGGCUCUUGGCAGGUGAUCCAACAAGGUAAUGUGCUAUUUGCAAACCACCAAAAGUGUAAGUCCUUACUGUAGCUGCAGUUUCUCAGGUGGAGAAAGUAACCAACAAGUAAUCCUCGGUCCUAAGGAAUAUCACUUUGGAUCAGUUUGGGAAUUUUCAGUGACUUGCAAAGCUUUUAAUUUCAAUGUCUAAUACACAUCAGAGUUAUUCUAGGAAAAUGGUGGAACUGUGCAAAAUAUUCAUUUUCCAAUACUUUUAAUGCCCAGAGUUAAAUACACGCUUUAGUGAUCUCUGGAAAAUUAGUAUCUUUAAAAUUACUCUGGACUGCUCAGAAAUCCCCAAUACUGCCUUCCUACCUGCACUGAAUCCUGAUCCUGAGACACAACAAGAAACUGUGUUCUCCAAACUGAUUUGGGGGGUUGGGUGUUGUGGGUUGAGAAAGAAGUUUUUCCCCUGAAAUUUUCUAGGUCAGAUGGAUUCUGUUUGCCAUUGUCCUGAAGACGAGUUCCUGUCAUGGCAAGUUAUUUGUUCAUAUGAAGCUUUUUAACAAUAAUUGUAGAAAGCUCUGUAAAAAAAUACCAUAACGUGAAAUAACAAGAAGGCUUUACCCAAGGAGUAUUUAUUUAUUUAUUUAACCUUCCAUCAGCAGCCUUCUGUUACCCUGAAGCACCAAAGCUACUAUACAUUUUGAUUUUAGAAUAAUUUUUUAAUGCAAUAAAUUUGUCAUUUCAGUCAAUAUUGGUUUUGUUAAAAAAAAAAAAAGAAAAAAAAGCCAACACAGCUAGGAGAGAUAACUGUGCCUUUGGUUUCAACAUAUUUUCUUGUUUAUGGAUCAAACUACAAUAUAAAGUGCUGUGGUUUAGUUCUUCUACUUUUAAAGGUGAGCUGAACGUAUUCUGCAUUGCAAGAAGUCUGUGAGUACUUACUUCUGACCAUGGAACAAACAAACAUAUUUUUUUUUACUAAAUGGUCAUUUUCCAGAAAGCACAUCAAAGUGCAACUUAUCCAGUUUACAGAAACACUAUAUCAUUUCUGUGUUUAGCAUUAUGUUCAUGGAUGGAUGACUCUUCUACAACUGAAUAUAGUAUUUACUGUACAGGCAAUGGAUUUUCUACACUGCCUGGCUACCAGUAACUAAGAAAGAAGAUGAACUGUGCACGAUUCUAAUGGAUCCUAGUCUAUUAGUACACUGCAGUUUUAUUUCAGAAUAAACUGACUGGAAGCGCAGGGAAAGAGCAUUACUUUGUUGAUUUGAGUGACCUCUUGCUGCCCAGAAUCUGUGUCUUAUCUAUUCUGGGCAUUUAUGAAGCUGAAUGAAUUAUUUGCCACUUCUGUUUAAAUAUUAUUCUUGCUGGACUGAUUUAGGACCAGAUUUUCAAAACCCUGUUGCUAGGAACAUUGCUGAAUAGCCAAAGGGAGAGGGGAAAGUAGCUGUAGUGGCUCUGGGACAAGACAGGAAUCAGAGAGUGGUGUGACUGGUUUGAUGCAUGGGAUUUACUUCUAGAAAGGAAAUUACCCACUAACAAAAGCAGUGGCCUGCAGUGGUCCGCUAUAGCCUACCACAAGCGUUGGAAUUAUUUUGCCAUUAAUGUAGCCAGAAACAAGCGGGACUUAACACUUACACCAAGACACAGACUAGAUCCACAUCACCCUUAAUAUGUAGCAUCAUAUAGACCAAAAUUAGCCUUUGGUGCAAUUUCUGACACAGACAGCUGACUGUAAUUUGUAGCCUCUGCCUACAAUUAACACCUCAACUGCUUCUGAGAGUGGUAGACCACAGCAGUGGAGACAAGAUGUAUCUAAAUGUUACUGAACUCUAAAGUCCAGCUUUCUGCAGGGAACAGCUGCACAAAACUUUCUUACUCCAUUUAUACUGGUAAAUUGCUUGGAUUUGAUAAGUGUAUCCGAGUCACUAGUAACUGUUGUCUUGAUUUUAAUGCCUAUAAGUGUUUUUAAUACCAAACAAGGGAAAACUCAGUUGUGUAGUUUCAUAUUUUGGGGGAUUUUUUGCUGCAAAUAUCGUGAAACAGAACAUUGUAGAUCAAAGAAAGGAAGCCAUAGGAGUUUUCAAGAUCCCUAGCGGUGCCCAUCCUCAGCUUUCCUAGCAACUUUUUUCUUGGAUGCUAGAUGCAGAUAUAAUACUUUGACACAGGCACUGGAAGGGGCUCCCACCAUCUCCACACCCAUGGCCAUGUAGAAAGAAACACACAUCAGAAUACUAAUGAAUUAUGCAUAGUUUUUAGAAGGACUAUACCUCUAUUGUGGCUUCAUGAAAAAUACUUGAGUUUUGAACAAGGUUUUUAAUUUUGUGAUACAACUAUUAGUUCUUAAUAUCUUAUGAUAUUUUUCACCACAGUUACAAGGAAUUGGGCCAAGCUGGUUGGGCAAGAUUGUGCAGCCUUAUACAAAUAGCAAAACUGAAGGUCAUAUGAAGUGUUGCUACCAAAAGCAAUUCACUGAGCAGUAGAGAGUCAGUAGUAAUUUAAUUAGCUGUUUAUAGCAGUCAUAGCAUGAAAAGCCAGCUGUGUAACUGCACUCUUCACAAUUUACAGUAGAUAUGUAGCACCAAAACACGCCCAAAUGUAUUUUUCAGGACUGUGAAGUCUAAGGGCAUUUUUUUGCCUCCAGUAACAUGAAUUAUAAACUGCACAGAGGACAGGCUAAUGACCAUGUACCUUUGUGAUAUUGCAUACACUUGUGAUAUUGGAUUGACAAAAAGAAACAGAGGUGUGGCCAUAAUGUAGGCUUUUUGCUGUUAUGGAAAUGGUAAUCACAAAAUAACUAUGGACCAUCACCCCAUGGAAGUGUUUUUGUGAGGUUUCAAACAUACACAUGUUCCCUAUAGUGAGGCAGUGGGGAAGCAGGUGAUCAUCAUUGUAAGAACUGAAGGAGGGUAGCAAUAUUCCUUCCUGUCCUUGUUUCUUAAUAGUAUGACUUUAAGAGCCAAAGAGGACUGUAGUGAGGUAUGCUGCUGUUGUGGGAUAUAUAACAAUAACAAACAUCUUCAAGAAGAGAAGGGGUUUAGGUUUUUUUCCCCAAAAACUAGCAGGUUAGUGUCCACUUAUUGACAAUCGCAGUCUCAUGUGAGCUCCAACACAGGCCCAAACUGGCCUUGUGCUAAACAUAUAACUUGCAUGGUUUGCUCUUCUCCUUUGGAUACCUCUCAGUGAUAAAAAUAAUAUUGCCCCUCACGGCCCCACAGACACCGCUGUGUACUGGGGAGCUGGAACUGUCACCACUGACCAGGAGUGAUUCAUGAGUGUGCAGCUCGUUUUUGGAACUAAUUAAUUAUGUCAUGGAAAGCAGAUUUAUUUUUCCCCCCCUUCCAGCCCCCACCUUCCCCAAUCCUUGCUAAUCUUGCUUUCUGGAUAACAGGGGGAAAAUGAGGAAGGUGUUUAGCAGCCUCAGUUGUCUCUGUGAUUCAAAUCACAGAAUGAAACCAGACAGCAAAACAAGUGCAGAUCAGGCAAAGACUGCCUGCUCUGCUUGUGCUUUCUCUGCAAGAAUCAGUUUCAAAUAUUAGCUGGAUUUUUUUUUCUGUUGCAAUUAACUAAGAAAAAUAUUUCAAAGCUGUAUAAUUAAAGGCCAGCAUUUUAUUAGGGUUUAAAAUAGUCUUUAUGAAAUCUACUCCUGCCACUGGUAAUUACAAUGUACAUCUUAAUAUACCUCUGCUAGGCCUGAGCUGGAGAUAACAGUCCUGUGUGUAUUGCAUUUGGCUUGUGCAUAGAAGGUAAAAUCCUUUAUCUUAUCUCAAUCUCCACACAACAACCAGCCUCUCUCCCAAUUCAGCCCUAAUCUUCUUAGUAAAUAAUACUGAUAUUUUUCACCAUAACAAAAAUGGAGCUGCCAGAUUCAGACUGAUAACACCUCUCAUUUACACACCAUUCUCUGUCAAAAUCUGCCUGAUUUUUCUUAAUCUCUUUAACUCAUCAAAAAAUACUUUUUUACAUUCAGCCAUGGUAAGUUCCUUGCUACCAAAUAAUAUUAUUAUAAAUAAAUCCGUUGACUACAGCUGUCUCUUUGGACAGAUAUUGGAACUCCUCUGUUUCCUGGCUCGUUCCCUUGAAUGAUGACAAAUUAUUGUUGUCCAAUUUAAUUUUGCUGUAAAGUUUGGUAUUCUAACAAAAUUACUUGAAAGUAGUGUUUAGCUGAGAGCAUGCCCAAAAGGCUUUUUCUUUUUUUUCCUGCGGGAUGUCAUCUCAGUUCACUUCUCUUGAGAAUGCUGUCUUUACACUCCCAUCCUUUCCUUUGCAAUGGCUUAUCUUUAAAACAAAGGAAAUGAUAACCUAAGUCCUUGGAUUUUUAUAGCCCAUUAAUUAUCUCUGUAUGAUUUCUUAAAUUGCAAAAAAAAAAAAAAAAUCAGAGAAUGGCAGGAAAAAAACUGGAUAGCAGGAUUUCUGCUUACAGUCAUUGAAUGGAAAUAAAUACUUAAAUGUGACUAUUUUACUAUUUUUACCUGCCACACAAGUGACAGAGACAUUUGGGGUACCUGUCCUGCAAUGGCAAACCAUCCAGGCAAGCAGACACUAGAUUCAGUCAUUUUACACCAAAACUGCUUUCAUCCACUGCCAUGAGCAAGGUAUCACGCCAGUAAUUUUUAUGUCAAACUUCCCAUAUCAGAGAAAACUAUCUGAAAAUCUAUAGCAGAAUACAGCCCAGAAUUGCCAAGUGUUACAGCUGGAAGUAAUAGGUAUUUGUCUUCUGUAGAGCCUGUGGACCUGAAAUGCUGAUUCUGUCCCUAGGUAGAAUUCUGCAGGUUACAUUUUAGAACAUGGCAAAAGGGAGAUUGUUCCAUUAACUUUUUGUGGGUGUUUCAGGGUCAUUUUUACACCAUUCUUUCUUAUUAAAGUUUGCAGAACUUUUUUUCAGAAGCAAGGCUAAAGACGUUCAUUACAAAGUAAUAAGAUCGUAUUUUGAGUCUUGAAACCUUACUGACAUGCUCCCAAAGUGCUAAUUUGGCUCUUUUAAUAGCAAAUCACCUGACUGCAUCACUAUCCAUGUCAGGAAUAGGGAAAAGAUUAACUGUGUUGUUUAGAUAAUCUGUCGUCUUUAUACCAAACUGACAAAGGUAAGAGCUUGUGGUAUCAGUGAGUACAAAACUGGCAUCUUUCGAGGCUGGUGGGGAGUGAGACGUGUGGUCAGCACGAGAAGUGGAGCAUUGGUCUUGGCCAAUACACAACCACUGACAGGGCUCCAAAACAGAUCCAUGAUUGUUGUAUACCGGCACUGUAUUUAGCCCACACAUUAGGACUUUUCCCGGAUCUAGCGCUAUGUUGGCCUUUUUUACUUGCUCUACACAAGGAAUAGAGAGCACAGCUGAGAAGCAGGGCAAAUACAUUGGGAAUCACAGGCAGGAUGUGAUUUCUGCUGCUAUUAUUGCUACUGCAACUAUGAGUAUUACUACCAUUACUGUUUUUGCUACACAUUCAAUCGCAAAGGUGUGCUAGAGUGCCAGGAUUCCCGGUUAGGAGGCACCAUAUGAAACUGGGACAAACAGAAGAUCCCUGCCUGAUGGGCUAACAUUUAAGUCAAAAUGUUAUACACGCUAAUGGGACAAGUUCCCUGGAAAAUGUACACAGGUCCCUGUGGUCUGACCAACUGUCAGUACAGACUACUGUUAAUAUCUGUCACACAGGAAACACAACAGACCAGAGUCUUCCUAAAGACUUGAAGAACAUGUGUGUCCUUAAUAUGAGUUAAGGUAAAUAUUUGGUUUGUGUUGGUUUGGGUUUUUGUUCUGUUUUGCAUUUUUUGUUUGAUUUUGUGUGUUUGGUUGGUUUGGUUUUGUUUUUUCCUAGUGACAUCCCUGGUAUUUAUAUGUAUCCCUGACAGCACACUUGUUGGUUUACUCUCUAUUUUCCAUAUGAUUUUGUUUAGCCUUCCUUUGCACUUGGUCCAGUUUUAAUUAAUCCUGCCUGAGACUGUGCAAUGGGACUGUAUCAGUGCUUAUGGUGGGGUCUCACCAGAGACCUCUGCAAUGGAGCUAGUCCUCUUCUAUUCACCUAAAAUAUACCUCCUGAUGCAUCCCUCAUGUGCCGUUUCAUACUGCAGUAUCUCACUGGUCACUUUCAGCUGUGUUGUAACCAACAGCUAACCUAGGAUCCCCCUCUAGCUCAACCUUUACUGAUUCCUAAUUUUUGUUAUUCGUUUCCAAAUGCAUUAUCUUCAUCUGAGGAUAAGUGACUAGCUUCAUUAUCUUCAAAAUACUGCUUUACAUUCCUAUUACACCUGUCCUUACAAUCAUCCAUCCUUUUUCUGAAUGGUGUCCUUCUCUCCUGUGUAUUGAUAGUACCACCGUAUGUAGUAUCACCACAUUCCUAGUAUUCGUGUCAUGGUCUUAAAUGAAAUAAGAAGAUCAGUCCCAAGACUGAUCCAUAAAGAAUUUCACUGCUAACUGGUAACCCUCCUGAUACUUUUUCUUUCAACACUAUCUUUUGCUGUCAUUCCUUAAGACAGUCUUUUACCUGUCUCUCAGUUCCUCUACUAAUCCCUAUCUUCUCCAGCUUAACAAAUAAUUUCCUAUGUGGCACCAUGCCAUAGGCUUUACCGAAGUCUAGAUAGAUGAGAUCAACCCCAUUUCCUUUGUCUCGAAAAUCAGCUAUCUUAUCAAAGCAGCUAUUAAGUUAGUCUGCCUAGAUCUCCCUUCUUAUAUUAUAUUUCCUACUGCAGUGUAUCAAACAUUUCCUUCACCUCCAUGUCUUUAUUUAUCUGUUCCUUCUAAGUCUGUUCUAAAACCCUUGGUACUAGAGAUUUGAUUAAUGAACCAUUAUUUACCCAAUUUUUCUCUUUUUGCUCUCAUUUAUUAUACUUUCUGUUCUCCAAUCAUAUGGCAUUAUGCCUUUAUUCAUCUAGGUUUUGUUCCCCGCUUUGGCUUGAAAGACAAAAUUUCUCAAGUUUUUAUCCCCUUUGGCUUCAAGAAAUCCUAGGCAUAAUUCUGAUUCAAGUCUCUGAGUUCACCAUUCCACAUGAUCUUAGUAACCAAUUAUGCUAGUUCAUUAAUAUUUGUUCUCUAGUAGUAAACAAAAUAUUAGUUGCAACCUUCUUUAAAUAUCUGUCAUUUAAUUGAAACUGCUUAACUCAUUACCCUUUUUAUCUUCCAUAACCAGAUUUUCCAUUGGUCUGUAAUGGUUUUGAUGAUGGACGCUGGACUCUUGCAUUGAGAUGGACAGGUACUCUGUUUACUCAGUUUUAUUGAUCUCCUACACCCCCCCAGUAAGCUGUUAAUGAAAAACUAUGAUUCUGCUUCCCAUCAAAUGGUGAAUGAGGUUUAACUGGUAUCGAGUCAUGGAGAUACACUGGAAAAGAAAAAUGAUUGCAACACAGUCCACUUUGUGCUUUUUUAAAUUUCUCUUUAUUGCCAAAAUUGACUGGCUCAUAUCUGAUAUAUGCUUUUUUCAAUUGUGUGUGUGUGGAAGUAUUCCCCCUUGUAUAGCUAGUGAGCUGAUUUAUGGAAUAGUUUUAGCAAUUUAGUAUUUAAUUCUUAGAAAAAAAAAAAAUAAAGCCCAUUCACAGCACUGACAGAAA